AGGAAGCCUUUCAACAAACAAUUCCAAAUUCCUUGCUCCAUCCCAUCCCCCCGAAACAGUCUGCCACAUCAUGACCUUCCGUGCCCAGCCGCGCUGCGAUGAUUUCGAUGUGAUUGGCGCCGUUCCGCGCGACUUGUCCGUCAUCAAGAACUUCCUGAAGCGGGAUUGCGCCGUCAAGCGGCUGAUAGACAUCGAAGAAGACUUCCUUCAGGAGUGUGUGGAUCGUGGCGGUGAUCCUUUGAAGCCCAAGAAUCAGCAGCAGCAAAAGAAAACGAGUGGCAAUGGGAGUGCGAAUGUGAACGGGCACGACACGACAAAAGAUCCCCAAACGGUCCCCAACUACUGUGAUCCCUGCGAGCGGCUCAAGACAUCGGUGGUGCUGGAGGAGUUAACGAAGCCAGCGACCACCAAUCCGGUAUACAACCAAAUGCAGUCGACGUAUUUCGACGAGGAGACCGUGAUGGGCACUUCCCUGCCCGUAAAGUUCCGUUUCCGGCGCAAGGCCAACGGAAACGACGUGGAGAAGAGCAGCAACCUGAUGUGCACCUCCACGAACAACACGAACGUUGUCGUCCUCACCAACUGUUGCGACAUCAUGGUGUGGCCUAGCCAGCGGGUAGCCCAGAUGAACCGAGUACCCGUGACUAUGAUUUCGGGGCCCGGCGACCUCACGGAGUACAUGCUAGAGGAGGAGACCAUCAUGUGAGCCCGGGUAAUGGGACAGUGAGGAGCUACAUAUGUAUAGACACAUCCAUUCCUGACUUCAGUGGCAAAUAAAGUGGAAAUCACUGGCCCGAGAA